UGUAGUUAUUGCUUCACACUUCUGAAAUGGUAAACACUGUUAUAGUAGCAGGAAUCACUCAGUUAUUAAAAGAACUGAUCUGGAUGAGCAAAUGGGCACGGCCCACUUAGCGGUACAGGUAUCUCAACUAUUCAGCACUAAAACAUUCCUAGGACAAAGUCCAUACCCUGAAAUCUUUCCUACUAGGGAAACUUAACCCUGAUGUUUGGGCACUUAAAUGAGCAAGUGGGCCCCUCUCCUAGGUAGUGGGCCAAUCCCAAAAUGGAGAGAUUCCUAACUACAGGGAAAUCCAUAAAGGAAACAGCAAAAGGUUACAUGCUCCAUUCAUCCCUGGAAAAUAGGGCAGUAGAUUCAAUGUAAUAUAUUGUUCCUGGGCUCAAAGCACUCAGCAUGUAUAAUAGCCCAUAAUACCUGCAAUACUAUAGGCAGGUGACUUCUCCAGAAUGAGUUUUGACAAUGAAACUUUGACAGAGAUAGUGGUCUUGGAAAUAGCCACUGUUGCACCACAAGUAGCAUAGAGUAACUUGCAGAAUCCAGCACCUGGUACCAUCUCUAUGAGAUUGUAGGGUCUGAUGGCAGUGUCCUAGGGACUCAUCUGUUUUGAGUCCCUAUGCCCUUUAGACAAACAACUGGUUCUUCAACUGUUCUGGCCUUCAGUCAUGACUAGUAAUUCAGUAGCACAAUAGUGUAAAUGGUGAAUUUUCUGUAACUUCAAGUCUUUAAACCAUGAUUUGAAGACUUCAGUAACUCAGCCAGAGUUUAGGGGUCUAUUACAGGAGUGGGUGGGUAAGGUUCUCUGCCCUGUGAUGUUCAGGGUAGAUGAUCAGUCUUAAAGUCUGAGUAAGUGCAAGUCCUUUGGGCUUGCAAAAAAUCUCCCCCUGUCCAAAGCUUCCACAUUGGGAUUCCUUGGAAUAUAGACAAUUUCUGAACUGUUUGGAGAAUACUGCAAAAGGAAUACAAUGGAAAGUUGUAUGUAUUCAAGUGUCUUCUAGCUCAGUAGAAAAGCUCUACUCCCUACCUGGUUGGAGAAUACUGAAAAAAGAAUACAGCACUCUUUGCUGGCAAAAUACUGCAACAAAAGACAACCUGAAUAUUCAUACAGGCUUACUUUCCCACCAUGCUUUCAGUGAACUCUUGAGCACGUACCAUAAGUCAACAUUAGCUAUGGCCUAUCAUUGGCAUGCUUUGUGGGUGUUGCCUUUGUGCUUCUGGUAAUAAAUGACGCAGGGAACAAAUUCAGUCCCAGCAGUUUCUUCCAUCUAGCUAAAAAAGCUAGAAGCAUGCAUGUUAUCCUGCAACUUAUAUGUGCGCUAUGCAUUUUAGAAGCCACCAGCUUGGUUUCAGGACAGAGAAGAUCUUCAGGGAAAGUUUUGCAUAGGAGGACAAGAGAACCUAAUGCUCAAUCUCCAAUAGACUGUAAACUGAGCCGUUGGAGUGAAUGGGGACCAUGUGACCCAUGCUCAAAUUUAAGGUUUCGCUCUAGAAGUGUUCAGAAAUUUGGACAGUUUCAUGGGAAACGGUGCCUGGAAUCAUUGGGAGACACACAAAGCUGUAAAACCAGCAUAGCCUGUCCAGAAGAGCAAGAAAUCGAUUGUGGAGCUGACUUUAGAUGUGAUUCAGGUCGAUGUAUAAGGAAGAGGCUUGUGUGUAAUGUGGACAAUGACUGUGGAGACUUUUCUGAUGAAAGUGACUGUGAGAGAGAUCCAAAAUCGCCAUGUCGUGACCCGGACAUUGAAGUGUCCGAGAUUGGAAGGACUGCUGGACAAGGAAUCAACAUUCUAGGAAUGCAGCCAAUGGCAAGCCCAUUUGAAAAUGAGUAUUUUAAUGGUCAUUGUGAACGAGUGCGUGAUGGGAAUACCAGGACCUAUUACCGCAAGCCAUGGAAUGUUGCUGUUCUCAACUAUGAUACAAAAGCAGACAAAAGAUUCACAACUGAGUUCUUCUAUGAUCGUGUGACCAUGAUAAAAGAGAUUUUCCACGAAAAACAAGAACAUUUCUCGGUUUCCAUGUCAAUAAAACAAACACCUACUGAAAACAGUCAGGGCACAUGUGUAAAUGCCUCUCUUGGCUACCAGUAUUCAAGGAAUGAAAGUCUAAAUUAUAUCUUGCGGUACUCCAAAGAAAGGAAACAAACCUUUAUGCAUGUCAAAGGAAAAAUACAACUGGGAAGAUUCCAAAUGCGAAGUCCUGAUGUCCGGCUAACAGAUGCUUUCCUUGAAGAUUUGAAGUUUCUGCCCACUGAAUAUGACAAGGGGGAAUAUUUUAGAUUUCUAGAAAUGUAUGGAACACAUUAUGCUGUCUCUGGGACUGUGGGAGGAAAAUACGAACUUCUGUAUGUGUUGGAUAAUUAUGCCAUGAGUUUAAAAGAAGUCACAGUAGAAGAUGUAAAGGAAUGUCUCGGUUAUCAUUUAGAUGUUAGUCUAGUAAAUAAAGAGUUGGAUUUCAAAGGUCAUGUAAAAGGUGGUAAAUGUGAAAGCAUCAACGUGAAAUCAAAUUACACUCAUGAUGAUGACGCAGUUAUUGAUGACAUCAUUUCUUUGGUUGAGGGAGGGAAGAUUGAUUUUUCUGUUAAAAUAAAAGAAAUGUUACUGAGGAAUGCCAAAGUGGUUGAUGUAGAGGAUUAUAUACAGUGGGCUACCUCACUGAUAGAUGCUCCAGUGGUGAUACAGCAGAAGCCAUCUCCAAUACAUACUCUUGUUCCAGUAAAAAUGCAAGAUGCACAUAUAAAGAAACAGAAUUUGGAAAGAGCCAUUGAGGACUACAUUACAGAGUACAGUGUGUGCAAAUGCGAACCCUGCAAAAAUGGUGGUACCUUGUUGCUAGUGGAUGGAGAGUGCAUGUGCUUAUGCUCCAGCUAUUUUAAGGGAGAUGCCUGCCAAAUCCCCAAAUCAAGAGCAGAUGAAGAUAAAAAGGUCACUGAUGGGGGCUGGAGCUGUUGGACUGCUUGGUCCCAAUGCGUGCAGGGAGAACACACUCGAACUCGUCAGUGUAAUAAUCCUGCUCCAGGACCAGGGGGCAGGCCAUGCCAAGGUGACAGCAUCGAAAAAAGCUACUGUUCUCAGGCAAAAUAAUUGUACAAGUCUAAAAAAGGUGUUUGUUAUGAAAACAAUACAGCCUUCAAAGGCAUGCACGAACUCUGCAAUUAUUCUACCGCUCAAGCUUCCUGUUGGCAGAAGGAUUGGAAUUGAAUGCUUCAUGAGUGCCUAUACCUUGAACAAUCGCUAAUCAAAAACAAAAUAAGAUAAACAUGGUUAA